ACUGGUAAGCUCGCCUCUAUCGUUGUCUCCGAUCGGUAGUCGAGCUUUGGUCCGAUCGGCUUCUGGGCGGGCGCCUUCCGUCGUUGCGAGAUUCUGGUGAGCGGUAACCCCCUUUGGGCGAAGAGGCUUUCGCUCGACGAGGCUUGUCUCCCUGCAGCGGCCGGUCGAAAUUGCGCGUCGCGGAGCCUCGAUAUCGACUUCUUGAGGGCGUCUUGUUGCCGAUCGUUGGUCUUUGCUGCUUCAACUGCGCUUCCACCCGAUCGAUCAAGAAAGGAGUUGCCCUGAAGCUAUUAUUUGGUCUUUUCCUGCUCCCGCUUGCGGAAUUGGUAUCUUGAUUCAGCAACAGGGCGUGGCCUUCAACCGAGUCAUUAGGGAGGAGAUAGAUCAUCUGUAUACAAGUUUAUAAUUUCUGUUGUUCUGGCUCAAUAUCAGACCUGAUUUUAUCUCUUUGGCCUUUAUAACUUUGCGGCUCGUUUUUAGGGCAACAGUUCUGUUGUUUGUGGUUUAUCUUGCUUGAAAUUGGACCAGAGAGAAAACAAGAGUGAAGAAUAAUGGCUGUGUAUUAUAAGUUUAAAAGUGCCAAAGAUUAUGAUUCUAUUCCCAUUGAGGGGCAAUUCAUAUCUGUUGCCAAUUUGAAAGAAAGAAUUUUUGAAAUCAAGCUAUUUGGAAAGGGCACGGAUUUCGACCUCAUGAUCUCUAAUGCACAGAAUAAUGAAGAAUAUGUAGACGAAGGAGCUAUGAUACCCAAAAACACAUCGGUUUUGAUUCGUCGGGUCCCAGGGCGGCCACGGAAGCCUAUUGUUACCGGAAUAGACGAGCCAAAAGUUGUUGAGGAUAAGGUGGAAGAUCUUCCACCAUCGAGCAGCAUGUUGGUUGGUGAUUCAUCUACAACCAAAUAUCCUGAAGAAUAUGAAUGGGAUGAGUUUGGGAAUGAUUUGUAUGCCGUUCCUGAAGUUAAUCCUGCUCAGGCGAGUAAUCCUGUUUUAGAUGUUUCUCCUGCUAACAUGGUCGACGAGGAUAGCAAGAUUAAGGCCCUAAUUGAUACGCCUGCCCUUGACUGGAAUCGUCAAACUCAAGAAGGUUAUGGUUCUGGAAGAGGUUUCGGAAGGGGAAGCGGCAGCAGGAUGAUGGGUGGCCGUGGUUUUGGCCGAGGCAUGCUUGAACGUAAGACACCCCCAGCAGGCUAUGUCUGUCAUAGAUGCAAAGUGCCUGGCCACUUUAUCCAGCACUGCCCUACGAAUGGAGACCCUAAUUAUGACAUCAAAAGGGUGAAACCUCCAACUGGAAUUCCUAAAUCAAUGUUGAUGGCAACUCCUGAUGGCUCCUAUGCGUUGCCAAGUGGUGCAGCUGCUGUUCUGAAGCCAAACGAGGCUGCAUUUGAAAAAGAAAUUGAGGGUUUACCUACCACUCGUCCUGUCAGUGAUCUUCCACCAGAAUUGCGUUGCCCAUUAUGUAAAGAGGUGAUGAAAGAUGCUGUGUUAACUAGCAAGUGUUGUUUCCGGAGUUUCUGUGACAAAUGCAUUAGAGACUACAUAAUUACAAAGCUGAUGUGUAUAUGUGGGGCUACAAAUAUAUUGGCGGAUGACCUUCUUCCAAAUAAAACUCUCAGAGAAACAAUCAGUCGGAUAUUGGAAUCAACGACUAGUAGCACCGAAAAUGCUGGAAGCCUGGUACAGGUCCAAGAUAUGGAAUCAGCUCGUCCUUUACAGCCAAAAGUUCCCUCUCCUACUUAUUCUGUUGCUUCCAAAGAUGAACCUAUGCAGCACACCGUGGAGCAAUCUUCUCAUAUGAAGGAAGGUGAAGUUGCAAGUGAAGUAAAGGCUACAAACAAUGAUAUGAAUUCUUCGGAUAAGAAAGCCAUUAUAAAUACUCCUGCAUCUGAAGACGUGCCUGAAUCUUUGAGUAUGAAGGGACCAAAGUCGUUUGAGAGUGCUCCAGUGCCUGAAGAUGCUCAAGAAAAGCAACUUGCUGGAGAGCAAGGAAAGAAAAAGAAGAAGAAAAAGGCACGUCUCCCUGGCACUGCUGCUGAUAUGCAAUGGAGAUCCUACCAGGAUCUUGGAGCUGAAAAUUAUGGGAUGCCUUUGCCUCCUCCUGGCUACAAUCCACACUGGUCUGGUGGAAUGCCUAUGGGAGUUGAUGGCUACAUGGCUCCUUUCGGCGGCGCAAUGCCGUUUAUGGGUUAUACGCCAGGGCCCUUUGAUAUUCCUUACGGUGGGGGAAUUUUUCCACAAGAUCCAUUUGUGGCGCAAGGUUUUAUGAUGCCAGCAGUUCCAAGGGAUUUAUCGGAGUUGAACAUGGGUAGUAUGGGCAUGAAUCAGAAUCAGGGGCCUUCAGGCAUGAGCAGAGAUGACUUUGGGGCUAGGAAAGCCGCCGAUCUAAGACGCAAGCGUGAGAUGGAGCGACUUCGUGAAAGGGAGAGGGAGCAGUCCAAGGAUAGGGACGCAAGAAGGGAAUCGAGCAGCAUGAAUGAUGCUUCUUCUUCUUCCAUGAGACCAAAGCCUACCGCAAUGUCCCAGUCCGACCGGUCGGACCGCCAUCGGGACCGGUCUGAGAAGACAGCAAGCGUGGACCGCCAUGGACCGCCCCGCGACCCGCCUCGGCACUCGCCACCGCGGCCCCGACAGAGGAAGGCCGCGGACCACGACGAGCCGCUGUCCGACGCUGAGCGGAAGCAUAAGGCCAGCGUCUUCUCCCGCAUCAGCUUCCCGGACCCCGGCGAGGGGGCCAGCAAGAAGAAGAAGCCCUCCUCGUCGGAGCUCCCACCGAGGAACGGACUGAAGGAACCGACGAGCCACAAGACCGGGCCAGAGGGGCACCGCGACGAGCCCAAGGGCGGGAAGAGCUCAUCGACGAGCACGAGGAAGGGAGGCAGCGGGUACGAUCACGAGUCGAGCGAGGAGGAGUACCACUUCAAGCGGAGACCUUCGUCUUCGUCGAGGAGGGAGGCGACGAAGGCGGACCACCGGGAGGAGGUGGCUCCCCGGCCAUCGAAACGUUCCCGGGAGCGCGAGCCUCAUGAACGCGGUGGUAGGGAACGUGCUCACGGCCACGAGCGUCCUGCAAGCAGGCGUAGAUGAGGGAUAGGGCGAGGAAGUUGGUACAAGUUGCCAUAACAGUUGGAUUUUUUUUUGUAUCCUGCAAAUUUAUCUAAUGAGAAUUCAACUAUCAUAACCUCGUUUUUCCUAUUUCA